UGUUCUAGAGACUCCGCGAAUAGAUUCCGCAUCAGAGUGGGUUCAUCCUUUGCUAACAGCGGUGGGGUUGUUCACUAUGUCUAUCAGUAUAGUAACCACCCUGACUUCAGAUGGAUUGAUAUGGAUAACAAUAUAUCAAUUAUCCGGACUGCAACUAUCAUUGAUUUCGUCAUCAAUGCAGUUCAACCCGCCACUUUGGCUGACUCUAAUUAUAUUAUUGGAGAUAAUAUACCUGUUCUGGUCAGCGGUUGGAAUCACUUAAAUAAUGACGGAUCAGUUUCAGAGCAACUUCACCACACUUUCUUAUGGACAGUAAAUCAGCAAUUAUGCCAAUUAAACUAUCAAGAGCUGGGUUUCAGUAUAACCCAGAAUAUGAUUUGCGCAGGUUGGCUGGACGUCGGUGGAAGAGGACAAUGUACUGGGGAUUCUGGCAGCCCCCUAAUACAUCACAAUCAAAAUAUCAACACCUACGUAGUUCUCGCAAUUACUUCGUAUAACCAUUAUUGUGGUCAUUCUCGAUAUUUCGGGAUCAAUACUCGAGUAUCAAAUUAUAUUUCGUGGAUUGGGAACAACGUUUAAUUAUAUAUUUUUUUAAUGAAGUCCAUUAAUUUGGGUUUAUUUGUGACAGUUCGACACAAGCAAUAAUUUUAGAUUGUAUUUUUUCCACCGAUUAUAUAACCAGGUUUUUUCCAUACAAAUAAACUAAACUAUAUUAACCCUUGGCCCGUGGGGUUCCAGUGCCCUUCAUCUGUACAAAAUUUUAUCUAAAAAAUUAAAAGACUGUCUGGAAAACCCAAGGGCAUGUACCUUGCCUAACGCAUUAGCAUAGCUAUUCAAAGGGGGCACGCACCUUGCGGCGGGAACCCAAUUUUAUUCAUAUAAUUUAAAAAUAUUAGUUUUACUUCCUAGUAUUUUUUUAUUGUACCUUAUUUGUAUAUUAUCACAAUAAUAAACUAUUAUUUUAAUGAUACUAAGGAAUAACAUGGACACUCCCUUCUACAAAUCCCGGGACUUCUCGUAACUAAUUAUAUUUGAAUAUUCGGUACUUACGUAUUUAAGUACUUUGACCAUUUAAAAAAUAAACAUGAGACAAUCUAUAUUUUGGAAUGUUUAGGAAGUAAAAUGUAACAAAAGAAACUUUAUACGCGUUGAUGACGAAAUGGGUAUGUCCAUACUAAGAACACGUUCAUAUUUUAGGUAGUCUAACUCCCUCAAUUCCUUACCUGAAUUAUAUAAUAACGCAUAUACUCAAAGCCCCGUCCCACGGAAAACCCUGUAUCGCAGGAGUCAUUGACACACACAAUCACAAUCACAAAUUACAACCAAACUCACGAGAGAACUAAAUGCAGGCCAUACACAUAUUUCUCCUUGCCCGGGAAUUGAACACGGGACCUCUGCGUGGCAGACCAGGAAUGGUAACCAUCGGCCACGGAUGCAGUUGUCAAGAAUGUCAUUAUUUCUUACAUAAAAAAAAAUAGUUCUAAUGUGUUUACGAUUGCUACAAAUUUUAAAUUAUACUUAUAUUCUGAUUUUUCGGAAAGGAAAAUGUUUUGACGACAUCGGAAAUUAUAAAAUACAUCUAAAUCGCGUAUGUUCGUUUUUUAAACAAACCAACGUUACGAGCUCACAGGUUCUAUGGUCAUGACUGAUUGAACAAAUAUACACUAUCUACAUCCGCAAAAAUAAUUUCAUUUCCAAAUAAAAAUUUCGUUUGGCAUUCCACAAAUAAUUUAUUUAUUAAUUAUCAGUUUUAAUCUCCUACUGUACAAUGGCAGGAGCUGUUAAAAAACAAAAACUCAAUUCCAAUAUUCUACAUGCCUUUUGCGAAGGUAUGUUUAGCGCCGUUAUCAUUUAAGUAUGAAGAUACUUGCAUUUUAGAUCUAAAUUUUUAAGCAGUCAAUGAGUCAAUGACUAUAUUAUGUUGUUGUUGUGUUUCGACUGGAUGUUGAUCUGGGCAUGUAUACUAGUAAUUUCAAAUAAUUUCUAAUAAUUAUUUAAAAUGUUUUUUAUUAAAUAAAAACCUUUUAAAGGUAGACUGUAACUACGUCGUAUUUGUAAUUUGUUAUUACUUUUUAUAAUACCAAGUGACGGAACGAAUAAGUCGUGCGCCUGAUGGUAAGCGACACGCCUAUCCAUAUCAGUUGCAAUGCCUCAGAGUUUUAAAUCGCACAAAUCUUAGGGGCUGCCACUGCGUCAGUCACCCUGAGACAUAAGUUGACAAGUCCCAUGCAUCUUAUUUUCUUACUAGCUGGUGUAGAAUGACACUUCGAAUGGCCUAUAUUACACUAAUUUUCAUAGUUUUAUUGGUUCUCCAUACUAACUUUCAUCCCAUAUUUCAAAACCUGUGACAAAAAGUACCCUAUGUUCCAUCUCUAUACAGUUCAGUGUUUUAGGCGUGAAAACGUAACAGACAGGGUUACUUUCGCAUUUAUGUUAGUUUGGAUAUCAUUCAGAACGGCUGCAAUUUUUUUUAUUGUUUUUUCCUUUUGAUUAUUUUAAACAAUGGAAAAUUGGUCUAUAUUUUUUUCGAACAAACAACGUCUCGGGUUCUUUGCAGGUACCGUGAUCAUGACUGACUCUCAGUUAGUGUUUGAAAAACGAAUAUACAUGAUUUAAAUUCGAAAUAAUCUCAGUACAGAGUACUAAAAAAACCGACCUCAAAAGUACGUGGAUUUACAGUCUAUUUAUAGUCUAUUUGCUAAG